CUCCGCGUUUUUUGCAUUUGCGCCUAAUCUAAAAUGGCGUCCCCCAUAAAGCUUGCCAAAAAAGCUAUUCGGAACGAAAUUAAACGACGUAUUGCCUUAUUAAGUGAAGAAGAAAAGAAGCAACAGUCUGAAAUUGUGUGCGACAAGUUUCUACGAACCAAGGAGUAUACGACAAGUCAACGGAUUUCAGUUUACUUGUCCAUGAAGAAUGAAAUUGAUACAAAGGAAAUUCUCCAAAAUAUGCUUGAGAGUGGGAAGACAUGUUUCAUUCCUCGAUACAGCACAAAGAGUUCUUACAUGGACAUGGUCAGGUUGAAGUCUAUGGAAGAGUUUGAUGCUCUGCCAGUUACAAAGUGGAAUAUUAAGCAGCCUCUUGAAGACGAACUGUCAUGUGAGACAGCAUUCGAAACAGGUGGACUCGACCUCAUCAUCAUGCCCGGAGUGGCAUUCAACGUCGCGGGUUACCGCGUCGGCCGCGGAAAGGGAUACUACGACAGCUACAUCCAGAAGUGCAGCAUGGCGGCGACCGGACGGCCGCAGCUCGUCGCGUUAGCGUUCGGCGAGCAGAUCGUCGACGACGUCCCCGUUGAGGACCACGACGAAGCCGUUGACAUGGUGCUGUACGCUGAAGCCAAGCCCGAGUGAACAGUCGAGGGUGGCGGCGCAAAGACGGGGUUAAUCCGCGAUGGGUGAGGUUGACAUGGUGCUGUACGCCUAGCCCAAGCCAGAGUGAACACUUGAGGGUGGCAGCACAAAGACAGGGUUAUUAUGCGAUGGGUGAGGUUGCAGGAAUCCGCAACGUUGGGUAGGACAAAUACAGAAUGAAUCUAUGGCCAUGUCGGUGAUGCACAAGCAGAGUGAGUCUGUGGUUGCUGUGAACUUAGAAUGCUGUCGUGUCAUUGUCAGCAAGACUUGCUCACAAAUCAAAAAAAUCUCCAAAAGUGUACCUACUUGAACUUGUGUAAUUUACUUUUAUAAGUGUUUGAUACAUAUUUCCAUGAUAUUACUACAUGGGUAUGCAGGUAGUUUUGUAAAAAUCUAUCAGUAUACAAUUGUUUAAUUUAAUCGACAGAUUGGUAUUUUUGUAUAGCAGUGUAUUGUAUCUUGACAGCUUCUUUUGGAUACGUAAAUAAGCUGUUACUGAUUUCUGGUCAUAGAUUCAAUUGAUUGGAUCCAUUGUAAUGAUCGUAAUGUAUAUUCAAUCAAUGGCGUUAGUGUGGAGCAUAGAUGCACGUUACUUAAUUUACUUUGUAUCAUAUCGGUUAUAUAUCUGUUUGUAAGUAUGCUGGAUGAACUUUAUUCCUUAUCUGGAUACAUAGGCUAUUGGUUGUAGUGUGAUGUGUGUGUAGUUGACAUGUUGCAUAUGAAAAUACAUUGUUUUGUUAUAUCUA